UUCGAAGUAAUAAAAGAUAAGAUCAUAUUCGGCUUGGCAGGGUUUUUCUAAAACCCCUGUGGAAGGGCGCCAUUGAAGGAAAGCUACAAACUACAAAGCAAAAUCUGUACAUUAAAUUUAAAAAGAAAUCAAAAGAGAAAUGCUUACCCUAAACCCUGGAGCCACUGUUCUUCAAUACCCAAACAGUGUUCGCCCUAAUAUUUCUUUUCAUUUCAACAUCUUCCCGCCAUUUUCAACUGUUAAAUUCGCCUUACGUAGUCAUUAUGCUUCACCUAAGGCUUCAUUUUCGAUGCUAAAAGCUAAAAGAAGGGAAGAAGAUAUUAGUUCCCAGCCUUUCGAUAUAGAGAUGGACGACGAAUAUGAUGAUGAUAAUGAAGGGUACGAGGCAAGGAGUGGAUUUAGAGGGCGAGAAGAGGAGAAGAAUUAUGAUAAAGACCCUGAAUUUGCUGAGAUUCUUGGGAGUUGUCUCGAUGACCCAGAAAAAGCUAGGUCCAAAAUGGAGGAUAGGUUGAGGAAGAAAAGGAACAAAAUUUUGCACACAAAGACUGGGUCUGGGACACCCAUGAAAGUAACAUUCAACAAAUUCGAUUUUUCAAACUCAUACAUUUGGUUUGAAUUCUACAACACUCCAUUGGAGAAAGAUAUAUCCUUAAUUUGCGAUACAAUUCGAUCAUGGCACAUCAUUGGGCGGCUUGGUGGUUGCAAUUCGAUGAACAUGCAAUUAUCGCAAUCUCCUUUGGAGAAAAGACCCAGUUACGAUGCUAUUCAAGGAGCAAAUGUGAAUCCAACUACAUUUUACAACAUUGGGGAUCUUGAGGUUCAAGACAAUUUGGCUCGUAUAUGGGUGGAUAUUGGAACUACUGAACCAUUGAUUCUGGAUGUUCUGAUAAAUGCAUUGACGCAAAUAAGCUCCGACUACAUCGGAAUUAAGCAAUUGGUUUUCGGUGGAUCUGAACUAGAGAACUGGAAGGAGAGCUUAACAACUGAAGAUGCAGGCUAUAGUGUUCAUAGAAUUUAGCUUCCCUCGAACUUAGCAUCCAACCGUUUUCGACUCGUCUUAAAUGGACAAAGAUUCGAAGACUUGAUGCGAGAAUAAGUUCAAAUGUAGUAUUGACCAAGUCUUAGGUUCGAAUCAUAACAUAUGCAAUCGUACACCCUCCUUUGUACCAAAAAGAAUAUAUAUAUGUAUAUAUGAGAGUUGCUAAUAUUGUGCGUUAAACAAUAAUUUCUAUUGUUAUUUGAACUAAACCAAACCAAACCCUAACGCAUGGAUAAAUCUAUUUACAAGUUUUAAAGAUGAAAAUAAAAUAUAUUGGUUGGAAAA